GAUUCACCAGCUGUCAAAUCGAGGGCAGCGCAGCGCGCCGAAGGAGUCUGCCGUGCGUUCACAGCUGCUUGGGUCAUGUGUGCAGUAGCAAUAAUAGCGCAACUUCAUGGCCUGCUUGACGUUUGCAGACCUGAAGAGGUGCGGCUAUGACAGAAACGGCCCACUGAUCGUCCCGAAGUUAUCCUUCAGCCAAGCCUCACGCAACCAACAUCUUCCGAACUCCACGUGCGACUUGUCGCUGGCUAGAACCGCCACGCCAACAUCAUGUCCGAGCCCGCAGAAAACGAUGGAGACCCUACCGUCUAUGGCCUAUCAGUAACACCACUCACGCAAUGCGCACAUUGGCACUCCCCGCUCGACAUCAUUGCUAUUAAGCAUUUCUGCUGCAAGAAAUUCUACGCGUGCAUCAGCUGCCACGAUGCGCUCGAGACGCAUACAUCAGAAGUUUGGCCCCCAACGCGACGAGAUGAGAGUGCUGUGCUAUGUGGGCAGUGCAAGCAUGUCCUGACCGUAGAUGAGUACCUAGAGAGCGGGAGCAAAUGCACAAGAUGCACGAGUAAAUUCAAUCCAGGCUGCAAGAACCAUUGGGGGCUAUACUUUCAACUUGAUGGGAAUAUCACUUGACCGAAAAGAAAUCCAUGCCUAUUAUUCUGGGGUAUAUGAGGGGCUCCAGCCAAGAUAAAAGAAAAUCAUACACACAUUACCCUCGCCUGUUCCU